AUGAAUGUUCUUUUAGCUAAGUUGCAUGCAGCUGGAUCAUUGUGGAAUCAAUUCAUGGAUGAUGAAAGUUACAAUGAAUACAAUAAUUCGUAUCCUUUAGUUUCAACAUCAAAUUCAAAUUUUUUUGUUAGCAAUAUAAAGAUAGAAGAUAUUCAGAGUUCAGGUAUAUCAAUUCAACCAUCUUUAUCCGCUAACCUCGUUGUUUCUAGUUCGACAUUCAUGAAGAGCAAGCUCACAAACUCAAUGAUUUUCUUCUCAAAAGGAAAUUGUGCGCUUUUCAAUGUGAAGAUAUCAGAAAAUCAAUUCACAAAAGAAAUGGAAGGAUGUUUAACACACAUUGUUGUAAAUCAAAAAUCACAACCUUCAUUUAACCUUAAUUUUCUGAUUGAUUGUUCGAUUUCUCAAAAUAAUUUGGAAAGAUCCUCAAAUGGUCUAUCAUCAUGCUAUCACAUUGGUGGAAAUCAAUCUUUCAAAUACUCAAAUAUAACCAAUAACUAUAAUUCAUAUGAAUCUGGAUAUGAAUUGCAAAAAACAUCAUCAUCUGAAGUAAAAUUCUGUCAAAUUGUGCAAUGCAUCAGUGCGUAUGAUAUUGUAUCGCAUCAAAACGGUAGAUAUGCUGUAAAAUUUUGUAAUAUAUUGAAAAACGUUGUCAAUUCUUCAUAUUCUCAGGGAGUUUUUGUUUCUCAAUUCAAUGAAGUAGAAACCGAAUUCUAUUCUUGUUCAUUUAUCGAAAAUGAAGGUCCCUAUCUUUUUUACAUUUUCAAUUCUGGAAGAAUUGAGGUGAUAGGAUGUACAUUGUAUGGACUAUCAUCUGUGAACUCUGAUAAACUGGAUAACUUUUCCAUAAUUUCGCCAAGAUUCUGCAAUGAAACUUUUGAGUUUAUAACUGUACUAAGUAUACAUUCAACCCCAACCCCAAAUGAAGCAGAAAAACCGGUCGAUGAAGGCCUCUUUAAGAAAUUCUGGAGAUUUUAA